AGCAGCAGCAGGACAGCCAGACAGACAGGCCGGACGGGGUACCAGCACCUUGAUUUCUUUCCUUGGGACACUGUCCAAACUUCAAGGGCCAUAGGCCAACCUGAGCAAUGGGUGCUGAGAAGGAGGUGCUGGUCACACUGUCAGGGGGAGCCCCCUGGGGCUUCCGACUUCAGGGGGGGGCCGAGCAGAGGAAACCCUUACAGGUGUCCAAGAUCCGAAGACGGAGCCAAGCUGGCAGAGCAGGACUCCGAGAGAGAGACCAGCUGUUGGCCAUCAAUGGGGUCUCCUGCAUCAGUCUCUCUCAUGCCAGUGCCAUGAGCCUCAUCGAUGCCUCAGGGAAUCAACUUGUCCUCACUGUGCGGAGGGUAGAGGAUGAAGGGCCUUUGCGAUCUUCAUCCCCUGGUGAUCUUCAGGUGCUGUCACCCUUAUCUCCGCUGAGUCCUGAGCCCCCUGGUGCUCCAGUUCCCCAGCCUCUUCAGCCUGGAAGCCUCCUCUCACCCCCUGACAGUGAGGCUUACUACGGAGAAACAGACAGUGAUGCUGAUGGCCCUGCCACCCAGGAGAAGCCCCGCCGACCCCGCCGCCGUGGCCCCACAAGGCCCACCCCUCCAGGAGCCCCACCUGAUGAGGUCUACCUAUCUGACAGCCCUGCAGAGCCGGCACCUGCUGUCCCUGGUCCUUCCAACCAGGGUGACAGCCGUGUGAGCUCCCCAUCUUGGGAGAAUGGGGCAACCCUUAAGCCACCCCUGGCCGAGGCUCUGCUGUUGCCCCAUGGUCCCCUCCGGCCUGGCCCUCAUCUCAUCCCUAUGGUGGGGCCUGUUUCCCACCCAGUGGCAGAAGAUCUUACUACCACCUAUACCCAGAAGGCCAAGCAAGCCAAACUGCAACGGGCAGAGAGCCUUCAAGAGAAGAGUGUGAAGGAGGCCAAGACCAAAUGCCGGACGAUUGCAUCCCUGCUAACUGCAGCCCCCAACCCCCACUCCAAGGGGGUGCUUAUGUUUAAGAAAAGACGGCAGAGAGCCAAGAAAUACACCCUCGUGAGCUUUGGGUCUGCGGCUGGGACAGGCGCUGAGGAGGAAGACGGGGUCCCUCCAACGAGCGAAUCAGAGCUGGACGAAGAGGUCUUCUCCGACGCCCGCAGCCUCACCAACCAGUCCGACUGGGACAGCCCCUAUCUGGACAUGGAGCUGGCCAGACCGGGCUCAGGCGCAGCAGAGGGCCAGGGCUCGAGGUCGGGAGGGCAGCUGAGUGAGGCCUCGGGGAGAGGGGUCCAGCUCUUUGAACAGCAGCGCCAGCGCGCAGCCUCCAGCACCCAGAAGCUGGCCCAGGAUGGUCCAGCAGCCAUGCCCAUCGAGGGGGGCCUGCAGUCACCACCUCGGGCCCAGAGUGCUCCGCCGGAGACGGCAGUGCUCCCCCAGUCGCCAGGCCCUUUAGCCAGCCGCACACCCUUCCUCCCAGGCGGUGGGGCCCCUACCCCAGCUCCAAGCAUCUUUAACCGGUCAGCCAGGCCCUUUACCCCGGGCUUACAGGGGCAGCGGCCAGGUACCACCUCGGUUAUUUUCCGGCCCCUGGCCCCCAAGAGGGUGAAUGAAAGCGUGGGAGGCCUCAGCCCCGCCCCACCACCAUUCCAGUCCUCUCCUCAGGGGCCCACCCCUUUGCCCAGUUUCACCUCAGGGGUUCUCAGUCACCUGUCAGCCUCCAGUUCCCCCAGCACCCCACGCUCUUCAGGCCCCGUGACGGCCACCAGCUCCCUGUAUAUCCCAGCCCCCAAUCGUCCUGUUACGCCAGGCGGGGCCCCAGAGCCCCCCGCUCCCUCUAGCACAGCUGCCAUGACCUCCACCGCUUCUAUCUUCCUCUCGGCGCCUCUGCGACCCGCUGCGCGCUUAGAGGCGCCGGCCCCAGGCCCCGCGGCCCCCGAAGCCCCCAGCGCUCGGGAGCAGCGCAUCUCUGUGCCAGCUGCUCGCACUGGCAUCCUCCAGGAGGCCCGGCGUCGGGGGACCCGAAAGCAGAUGUUCCGGCCGGGGAACGAGGAGACGAAGAACUCGCCCAACCCCGAGCUGCUAUCGCUGGUGCAGAAUCUGGAUGAAAAACCCCGGUCCGGGGGUGCUGAAUCUGGUCCAGAAGAGGAUGCUCUGAGCCUCGGGGCUGAAGCCUGCAACUUCAUGCAGCCACCAGGGGGCAGGAGUUACAAGACCCCUCCUCACGUGACACCUAAAACCCCGCCUCCAAUGGCUCCCAAGACCCCGCCCCCUAUGACUCCUAAGACUCCACCCCCAGUGGCUCCUAAACCCCCAUCUCGAGGGUUCCCUGAUGGGCUAGUGAAUGGGGCAACCCCUUCUGCUGGAAUCCCUGAGCCACCAAGGCUUCAAGGCAGGGGUGGGGAACUAUUUGCCAAGCGGCAAAGCCGAGCAGAUAGGUACGUAGUGGAAGCUACACCUAAUCCUGGCGUUGUCCAUCAGCCCCGAAGCCCUUCUCCUACUCCCUCACUGCCCCCUUCCUGGAAAUAUUCACCCAACAUCCGUGCUCCGCCUCCUAUUGCUUACAACCCACUGCUCUCACCCUUUUUCCCCCAAGCUGCCCGAACUCUCCCUAAUAAGGCCCAAUCCCAGGGGCCGCGGGCAACCCCCAAGCAGGGCAUCAAGGCUCUGGAUUUCAUGCGGCACCAGCCUUACCAACUUAAAACUGCCAUGUUCUGUUUUGAUGAGGUUCCCCAGACUCCUGGCCCCACCCCCGCAGGGCCCCCCAAAACUGCGCGAAUCCAGGAGAUCCGUCGAUUUUCCACUCCAGUACCCCAGCCCACCGCAGAGCCCCUGGCCCCCACUGUGCUUGCCCCCCGAGCAGCCACUACAUUGGAUGAGCCCAUCUGGAGGGCGGAACUGGCCUCGGGCCCUGUCCUUAGCCCAGCCCCUCCUCCAGGAUCUCCCAGGGGUCUUGAAGCCUCCCCCAGCUCCUGUGGCUUCCAGGUAGCCAGGCCCCGGUUUUCAGCAACCAGAACGGGAUUGCAGGCUCAUGUGUGGAGGCCUGGGACAGGCCACCACUGAGAAGGGCACAGCUCCCAGGACCAAGGAGAGGUGGAACAUCCAGUUCCUAAAGUUGCUUCUCCUACCCAAUCCGCCCCUUCUCUCAAGUAUCUGGAAGCUAAAUUCCCUCCUGCCAGAAAUAAUUUUGGAGUUGGUAUCACCCUCCCCACACACACACUUCCCCACCCCACCCCCAGCUCCCAACCUCCCUGCUGCUUUCCAACCUGGUAUCUCUGCUUUGGUAUUUGUGCUUCUUUUUGUCUGUAGUCUCUUGCCUGGAUCUCUGUCUCUAUCUCUAGGUCUCUCCUCCCAUAUUUCCCUACUGGUCUUUAUUUCUCUUUGUUCUUUUCUUUGUGGGUCUCAUAACAGUCACUGAGAAGCUACACAGAGAAGCUACCACUGAGAGCUCAAGCAAGAAGGCAGCAAAGGAACUAAAUUGAUCCUUGUUUGCACUAAGUUACUCUCUACUUCUCACCUUUCCCAAACUUGGCUGGCAUAUACCUAGGCGUGUGCGUGUCUGUAUGUGUGUGCCAGUGUGUGUGCGUGUGCCAGUGUGUGUGCUUGUGCACAGAUGUGCUCUUCUGUCCGAGGCAAGAAUAAGAGAGAUCUAAAUAAAGACCCAAUGUGGGUCUCACCCUUGCGCUAAUGAAAGUAGGGUGAGAUAACCCCACAUGGAUAGUCUAGUGCGGAGAAAGAGAUUCACUAGAGUUAUAUACAGCAUAUUGUGAAAUUUAUGGAAUAUGAGAAGACUUGAAGGACCAAGGCAGUUUGUAUGGGCUGAGUUAUACCAGCUAGAUCAGAAAUCAAACUAAGAAUUCUAUUCCUCAGGAUUUCAGACACUUAGAAACUUGAGGGGUCCAUGCUGAUCAACAAGCACCCAAGAAAUGAACAAAAAGAAAAUUUUGCUCUAAGAAUGAACAAAGUAUUGGCUUUAUUUCCUCAUAAACCUAAGACAGAAAGAAAAGAGCCAUGGUAUGGAAAGUGAGGCAGAACCAGGAGCAGAGCAGAAAUGAAUGAAAUUGAUUGAGUCACAGAGGAGCAUGGUGAGAGAGAGUUAGAAUGCAGUGUUGGCAGAGAGUAAGGUUAGGUAACAAGAAACCAACUGUGUGCAAGAGGAGGUUUGAGGGAAAUGUGAUGGAGAAGAAUGUAUUUGUUAGAGUGAAGUGGAUGAUGGUGGGGGGAUGUGAGAAUAUAUGCUGAGUGUUGAGGGAAAAAACAGUUGAUAUCUGUGCUACCUCCUUUGAGUCUGUCUCUCUGUCUUCUGCAUCUUGUCCUGACUACCUGGGAAAGGGCAAGGAAACAUGCUUUUCAGUCCUACCCAUCCCUCAAUCCCAAGCUCCUGUUCCUUUCCAGCUUCCUUUCCAGCUUCAGGUCCUGAUCUCUCAUCCUAGAGGAGUGUAGACUCCCCUCUCACCAUGACUACCAAUGGUCACAUUUGCUGCUUGAUCUGGAAAUUGAUCAUUUCCUUUGCAUAUUGGGUGUGAGUCACAGUACUUCUGUUUGUGCACAAGAAUAAACUUAUACCCCACA